AUGAUUCGAUCUCAACUGCUUUUGCUGGCAGGCGUCGCAGCGCUGCUGACCGUGCAAGUUGGCGCGAUCGGCCUGGACGAGUGCAGGGACCUGCUCGCCAGCGUGGGCCCGAGCGACGAGACGACGACCGCGGUGUCCAAUGCUCUGGCCUCCUGCAUCCAGGAAGACCCACCCCAGCUCACCGCGACCGAAGACUGCUGCGGCAUCCUCGGGCUCGCCGUCGGCCCGGACGGGCCAGGCUUCGGGUGCACCUGCUACGACGAGCUGGCCGACGACGUCCAGGAGCUGCUUGCGUCCGCGGGGCUGGCGGAUUUGCUGCAGUACCAGGACAACAUCGGCGCGGACGAGGUUCUAUCGCUGCUGAACUCGUGCAGCAUCCCAACAAUGAGGGACACGCCGGACCAGUGCGGGGAGCUGACGGCCUGA